AUGGAGGCGCAGUUUCCGAAACGUUGGGUCGAACCGAAGCCUUUCUGGAAGCAUUUUUUGAAGUUUUUGUUUUCGCAUUUCGGUUUAUUUUUGCUCAUUGUCGGCUACUGUGUUGCUGGUGCGUACUUGUUCAUAUCCAUGGAAUUACCGGAAGAAGAAAAACGUUAUGAAAUCAAGAAACUCGUGGCCCAUGAUGUGGACGAUUCGAUUCAAUUUCUGUCCGAACAGUUCAAUUAUUACUACAAUAUGAACUUCACGGAUUCCCAAGUGAAAUCGAGGAUUAUUGCAGACAUCAAAAGGCUCAAAAAAUACAUCGUGUCAAUGGUAUCCAAAAAGAAGUACAAUGGUGAAGUCCAAGGUUGGAAGUACGCCUGGACUUUUCCCAGGGCACUUCUUUUUGCUGUGAACAUCAUUACGACCAUUGUCGGGCAUGUUGUUGGUGGUGCAGAUCGCAAAGAAAAUCGUCAGAGUUGCCAACAAACAGCAAGAAAUUCUCCAGGGGAUUCCGACUAUCCGAUGAAACCGCAGGGGAAGAAAGUUACAUGCCCACAAAUCGAUUGCGCUGAUUUUGACGAUUUUGGCAAUUUACGUGGCUAUCGGAGCGGCUUAGCACUGAUGUCAAUGGCAAUCAACUUGAUUCUGAAUCAAGUCAAGAGCCAGUUUUCGAAAUUGGCAAUCGAAAUCGGCAUUCAGCAAUCACCGGAUGAACCUCGCAUUCCUUUCAAAUUUUUGCGAAAUCAGGCCAAGAAAAACGCUCGCAAUGUUUUGCAAACCCCUCAGGAAAAUAUUGGAACAAAG